CGAAGCCGAAGCGGCAAGCAAGCCGAGCGAGGUGCUCUCAAUACCGACACCAUGGAUCUGCUCCACCCAAAGUCGAACCCUCUCGACUUGCAGAAUAUCCGCAAUGUGCUCAUCCGUCUCGAAGAGAGCAUCAUCUUUGCUCUCAUCGAACGGGCCCAAUUUGCGCGCAAUCCCAAGAUCUACGAAAAGGGCGCGUUCAAGCAAUACCUCGGCCAAGGUGAUGCGAGCUUCAACGGCUCUUGGCUCGACUGGAUGCUCAAGGAGACCGAGAAGAUCCACGCCAAAGUGCGGCGGUACACCAGUCCGGACGAGCAUCCCUUCACGCCGUCAUCUGAACUACCCGAACCGCUCUUUCCGCCGCUCGAGUAUCCCAGCUUGCUGCAUCCGCCCUCAAACGUCAAUGUCAACGCGCGCAUACUCGAUUUCUACAUUCACUCUAUCGUGCCUGCCAUGACGAGAAUGACGACGGAAGCCGUCAGGGCGCGUGGCGGUAUUGAUAAUCCUGAUUUUGGACCAGAAAGCGAUGGCAAUUAUGGGAGCUCGGCCACGAGGGAUAUAGAAGCUCUGCAAGCUAUCAGCAGACGUAUACACUACGGCAUGUUUGUAUCUGAGAGCAAGUUCAGGAGCGACCCGGCUGCUUUCGUUCCCCAUAUUCUUGAACCCGAUCCGGAUAAGCUAGCGGGUCUGAUCACAAAGCCAGCCGUCGAGGAAGCCCUCCUGCGUCGGCUAGAGAAAAAGGCGCUCAUGUACGGCCAAGAAUUAGACGGGGCGGGCAAUCCGCUUCCCGCAGCAGGACAUGCAAAGACCAAAGUAGACGUUGACGAGGUCGUCAAGCUAUACAGAGACUGGAUCAUUCCCCUGACGAAAGAUGUCGAGGUCGAGUAUUUGCUCAAGCGACUCGACAACCUCUCGCCUGCCGAUCGCGCCCGCUAUCUGCCCGACCAGAACGGCACUGUGUAA